CCUAAUGACGGGCGCACAUCCCCCUGAUUAAACACGGCGGCGUGAGAUGGUCUCGCAAUAUGGGACGAGCCCGUGGCUCCCUGACAGCGCUCCUCACGCGAAUGUCCCUCGGCCGCUCUCUGCGGAGCUCAGGGGAGCGGCGCCGAUCGGGACAGGGGCGGGAUAUGUCAGAUCUUGGCAUCUCUUUAUGGGCUUCGAGGCGCUGGUAUAGAAACCCCCAGGUCUCCUCACCGACUACGAGCGAAACAGAGGGAGGAUCCCAUCAUCCGCCAGCUGAUACUUGCUGAAGGUCUACACAUUCCGCUUGAGCGUUCCAGCAUCAACAAGUCGUCGAAGAAAAAAAAACAAGAUGCUCGUCAAGUCGGGCUUCUUCCUGGCGUCGCUGCUGGCGGCGGCCAGGGCGCAGCAGGUCGGCACGCAGACGGCCGAGACGCACCCCAAGAUGACGUGGCAAAAGUGCACGGGCAAGGCCAGCUGCACCAACGUCAACGGCGAGGUCACCAUCGACUCCAACUGGCGCUGGCUGCACACGACGUCGGGCACGACCAACUGCUACGAUGGCAACAAGUGGACCAGCGCCUGCAAGAGCUCGUCCGACUGCACGUCAAAGUGCGCGCUCGAGGGCGCCGACUACAGCAAGACGUACGGCGCCACCACGAGCGGCAACGCCCUGUCGCUCAAGUUUGUGACCAAGCACGAGUACGGCACCAACAUCGGUUCGCGCUUCUACCUUAUGAACGGCGCCACCAAGUACCAGAUGUUUACCCUGACCGGCAACGAGUUCACCUUUGACGUGGACCUGUCGACCAUUGACUGCGGCCUCAACGCCGCCCUGUACUUUGUGGCCAUGGAGGAGGAUGGAGGCAUGAAGACCUACUCGUCCAACAAGGCGGGCGCCAAGUACGGCACCGGUUACUGCGACGCCCAGUGCGCGCGCGACCUCAAGUUCGUCGGCGGCAAGGCCAACUCGGAAGGCUGGAAGGAGUCGAGCAACGACGCCAACGCGGGCGUCGGCCCCAUGGGCGGCUGCUGCGCCGAGAUUGACGUCUGGGAGUCCAACGCCCACUCGUUCGCCUUCACCCCGCACCCAUGCACCGAGAACAAGUACCACGUCUGCACCGACUCGAACUGCGGCGGCACCUACUCGAAAGACCGGUUCGCCGGCAAGUGCGAUGCCAACGGCUGCGAUGUGAACCCUUACCGCCUGGGCAACACCGACUUUUACGGAAAGGGCAAGACGGUCGACACGAGCAAGAAGUUUACCGUCGUCACGCGCUUCGAAAAGGACAAGCUUUCGCAGUUCUUUGUGCAGAACAACAAGAAGAUCACCAUCCCGGCGCCGACCGUGGAGGGGCUCCCGGCCACGAGCGACAUCACGGCCGAGUACUGCACAAACGUGUUCAAGGCGUUUGACGACCGCAACCGGUUCGACGAGGUUGGCGGCUGGAGCCAGCUGCAGCAGGCGCUGACGCUGCCCAUGGUGCUCGUCAUGUCCAUCUGGGACGACCACUACUCAAACAUGCUCUGGCUCGACUCCAUCUACCCGCCCGAGAAGGAGGGCAUGCCGGGCGCCGCGCGCGGCUCGUGCCCGCAGGACUCGGGCGUGCCGUCCGAAAUCGAGGCCAGCAUUCCCGACGCCAAGGUUACUUGGAGCAACAUCCGCUUCGGCCCCGUCGGCUCGACAGUCAACGUCUAAAGCUCAGUGGAACCGGAAAUUGCUUGUUUUCUCUUCUGGCCAGGUGCUCGUCAAGCUUGCUUGGCGGCUUUGUAUAUACGACAAACCCCCGUCUCGACGCGGCGAACGGGGUGGGGGGAGGUUUCUUCACGCACCGUUGGAAGUGGGCAAGUUGCGAGAAAAUGGUUGUGGCAGGGAGGGCAUGUGC